AUGGUGAGGAGAGACUCCGAACAAGAAGAUGGACCAUUAAUCCAAGGGCCACGAACUCCAGUUAUGCUAGGAGAAUACUUUCCCAAAAUGUUCUUCGUAAGAGGGCCAACAGAGACAGUCCAUAUGACAACUUGCUAUCAGGUAGAUGACGAAGAUGCCUCGGAAAGAAGAUAUGAAACUCAUGAAGAGCAAAAGGUCUCAACACAGGCAAAAAAUCCACCAGCGCAUUCAAAUAUUGAAGAAGCGGUGGAACUCCCUGAAGCCAUACGUGUAGCAUUGGUAAAGGCAUUAAUGGAUCUCGAUAUCCAACCAAAUAAGAUAAGAAAGACCGGAGAAUUAGAGCUUGAGCCUCAAGACCAUGCUAUUUGCUGCGCGACGUGCGCUUCCAUCACAUUCACCGAUGAAGACCUCUUGUUAGGAUCUAAACCACAUAAUCGUCCGCUUUUCGUGUCAGGGUAUGUGCGAGAACAAAAACUUAGUCGCAUGCUUGUGGACGGAGGUUCAACAGUAAACAUCAUGCCUAAAUCCACGAUGAUGAAGUUAGGCAUCACCAUGGAUGAAUUGUCUCGCAGUCGUCUCAUGAUUCAAGGCUUCAAUCAAGAAGGACAAAGAGCUAUGGGCAUGAUCAGAAUUGAGCUCGUGAUAGGCGAUUUAAAGUCAAACACCCUAUUUCACGUGAUUGAUGCUAAGACCUCCUACAAUCUCCUAUUAGGAAGGCCAUGGGUGCAUGAAAAUGGGAUAGUGCUUUCACCCUUACAUCAAUGUUUCAAAUUUUACAGAGGAGGAGUAAAGAAAAUCUUGGGUGACGUUAAACCAUUUACUGAAGCCGAGUCUUACUUCGCGGACGCCAAAUUUUACAUGGAUGAAGACGUGGUAUCUGAAGUUAUUCCCGUGGAGGUUAACUCGACAGGAAAAGCCAUGCCAAGAAGAGAAGAUCAUUCAAAGUGCCCUCCCGCUGCAGAGAAUGUUUCGAAGAAGUCAAAAAGCACUUUGUCCGGACAAAUGGGAUCAUCACCGACAGAUUCACGGAAGGUGUCUACUCCCAUCCUCCGCUAUGUCUCAUCAUCCCGACGGAAGGAAGGACAAUCCCAAUUUGGAGAAGAAGGAGUCGACAACCAUACCUUUACCAAAGUUGAAUAA